AUGUGGCCCUCUUGGAGAUGCAACUCUUCGAUAGUGGCACCCUACAGCUUGAAAAUGGAGAUUUCUGAUUGCAUCAUUAGACCAUUGUGCUCAGCAAAGGAUGUGAAUAAGAAGCUCCCUCCUGGGCCCUGUGUGUUACCCACCAAUGUUAAGGCAGGGGCCUGGAUUGAAGCAACAAAACUAUCCCUCAGAGCAGCCACCAAGCUAUCCCUCCUGUGUCCAACUUCACAUUUCCUCACCUGUCCUAGAAGCUCUGCAGGUGUUCUUCUUGGUGCUUCUCACUCCCAGAGCCUCUCAACGACCCAGUCAGGGCCCAGGAAACCCUGCUUCCUCAGUCCUUGUCCUCCUGGUACCAUCCCUGCACGAGAUUCCAGCGUCGUGGUAAAUCCUGUCACCCAGAGGUUACCAGAAACUGAUACACAGGCAUCUCUAAAUCUGGGGUUCCGACUGCAGAUGAUUUCUGAAGGGUCUCUUUGUCUGGUGAUAGAUUUUGGAGAUACUUCAGAAAUUCAAAUCAGGAUCCGAAACAUGUCUGAGGAAAUCACUGUCACAGCCUAUCACCAGUACAUGAAAGAAGGUAUCUAUAUGCUCAAGGCAGUUAUUUAUCCUGAGUUUUAUGGAACUAAAGUGGAAGUUGGACCUUACUUUGUGGAGAUUGUUCAUGAGGUUGUAUCUGUGUUCAUGAAUUCCAGCAGUGUGCAUGAGGAUGAAGUUCUUAUUUUUGUUGACUCCCAUACAAAGCAGAAAAGCACUGUUAUUAUGCAUCAUUUUCCACCCAUUUCCUCAUAUAAUGUGUCCUUCACUUCUCAAAAUCAAGUGGGUGACAGCCAACCAUGGCCCUGCGUGACUGUUUGGUAUAAGAUGCAGCCUGUUUCUGUCUACACAAAUGGAACUGUGUUUGCCACAGAUGUAGACAUCACUUUUGUAGCUGUUACCAAGGAAAUGAGUCCCCUGGAGUUUGAGUGGCAUUUUGGAGAAGACCUACCAGUGAGGACAACUUCAAGAAGCAUUAAAAAGAAAUUUCACAUACCCCAGCGGUACUGUGUGAUGGUCAAAGCUUCCAAUGGGAUCACUAGUGUGGUCUCAGAACCCCACCCCAUCAGUGUCCAGAAGAAAAUUGUUGCCAAUCGUCUCUCGUCUACCUCCUCUGCUCUGGUAAAUGCCAGUGUAACCUUUGAAUGCAGGAUCAACUUUGGCACAGAUGUUGCUUAUCUGUGGAACUUUGGGGAUGGCACUGUCAGUCUAGGAAACAGCAUCAACACUCACAUCUAUAGCAGGGAAGGAGAAUUUACAGUUGCGGUUCUUGCCUUUAAUGAUAUCAGCUCCACCUUGCUAAAAAAGCAGAUUUUUAUCGUGCACACACCCUGCCAGCCUCCACCAGUAAAAAACAUGGGGCCCGGGAAGGUCCAGGUAUGGCGGUCCCAGCCAGUUAGACUGGGAGUGACAUUUGAAGCUGCCAUUCUCUGUGACAUUUCCCAAGGCCUUUCUUAUACCUGGAGCAUUAUGAAGUCGGAUGGCUCCCAUGUGUCCCUUCCUCCUUCUGUUGAUAACCACAGACAAACUAUUUCUCUUCCAAGCUACUUUCUGGAGUAUGGAAACUAUACUGCAGUUGCUAAGGUUCAAGUUGAAGGCAGUGUGGUGUACAGCACCUACUCAGUGGGGGUGGAUGUUCGAAUGAGGGCCCCUGUCAGUGUGGUCUCAGAAGGCACACACCUCUUUGUCCCCAAAACCCCCACUUCUACCAUCAGCCUCAGUGGGUCGCAGUCCUAUGACCCUGACAAUCCAGGCAUACCUCUCAGAUAUCACUGGAGGUGUGCUCCCACCGGGGCCCCUGGGCACCCAUGUUUUGAUGUUCCUGCACCAACUGGGCUGAAUUCCAAGGCACAGAUAAUCUCCUUUGCAGCAACAGAUCUCAGUGAUGGCUACGACCAGUUCGUGGUGACACUGACGGUGUCCAGUGGCAGCAGGACCUCUACCGAAGCACAGGUGUUCCUCUCCCUCCGCUCCAAGCUGACAAUCAGAUUCAUCCAUAUUUCCCGCAUCAACUUUAAAAACAGCUUUGUUAACUGGAAUGAAGAACUUUCUCUUCAAGCUAUGUGCGAAGACUGUGGAGAUAUGCAUAAUCUCUCUUAUUCCUGGGACCUCUUUUUAGUCAAUGCAACAGAACAGAAUAGUAUAGAAGCAGUGGAACUGCUGGACUCCUCAAGAUUUGGUGCCAUUUUGAAGUUAUCAGAGUCAAAUCCACUUUUGGUGGAGCCAAACACAGCAGACUCAUGUUUAGCAACUACAGCACUGUCUCUGGAUCCUCUGCAGAAUGCAACUGGCAAGUAUGCCCCUUCAACCAUGGGGAGACACUCCCAGGUGUCUGCCAUGGGUGUCCAUCAGGUUUUUGAUGCUAUUGCUGAUGCUUCAGCCCAACAGGAUGCUUAUUUUGAAGCCUACUAUGAUGACAUACAAGAAGCAAUACCCUCAGAAGGAAGACAACCAGGGAACAGUAUCAACUUUCCUGAAUCAGAAUCAAGUAGAAGUGAUGACAAAAGCCCCAGUGAUGGAGAUAACCUCGUCAGUCCAUUCCACUCCACAGACAAUGCUGUGCCUUCACUGAUGAUUGACUGGCCCAAGUCCCUGAUUAGCCCAGCUAUUUUCCAAGGCUAUACCUCAACAGGUAUCAUGGAACAAACUGUGACAUUAAAGCCAUUUUCAUUGAGAAGGGGAGAGACAUACGUCAUACAAGCUUCUCUGGCUUCAAAACACAUCUUGCUAGGUAAAGCUCAGCUGUACUUGACAGUCAACAGAGGCCCACAGGAUGUAGCUUGUCAGGUACAGCCCCAUCAUGGCCAUGAGGCGCACACCAUCUUCAGUAUUUUCUGCAUGUCAGGAAAACUGGAUUUUCAUUAUGAAUUUAGUUACCGGAUAGGAAAUUCCUCCAAACGUACUUUGUACCAUGGGAGAGAUGCCCAGUAUUAUUUUGCUUUACCAGCUGGUGAGCCAUUGGACAGUUAUAGAGUCAUGGUUUUCACUGAGAUCACAGAUGGUGAAGGCUCUAAGUUACAGCCCUGUGCUGUGGCAGUGACUGUACUCCCCCGUUACCAUAGGAAUGUAGCCUCUGUGAAUUACUGCAUCGGCGAGGAUCUAUAUAAUUCCAGCCUGAAAAACCUAUCCAUCCUCCUGUUGAUGGGGAGUUACCUGGAAAUCAGGAACUAUAUCACCAUGAUCACCAGGAUCCUGAGUUGUUUGGCUAAGGAGAACAGAGGCCCUUUAUGUGGCCAGUGGUCACGAAUACAGGAUGCAUUCAUUUCUUCAGUAUGCAAACUAGAUUUUGCAGAUCAGGAAGAAAUAAUUAAUUCUAUUAUUAUGCUGCGUGACCUCAUAAACUUCCCUAAUAAGUUAAGCUUCAUGAGUGCAGUUCUUAUCCUCAAAUACACACGGAUACUCCUUUCUCAAAACCAGUUGUCUGGGAGGUUUGUGACUGACAGAAAAUUGAUGUUAGAGCUCAUCUUCCUUGUAUCUGGAGUCUUGGAAGUAUCUGACCACGAAAAAUUGAGGAAUGUGGACUAUCUACGAGAAGAAGGAAUUAAGAUCAUCUCAGACUUUUUAUUAAGUUCUCUCUCUGUAAGCAGUGAGCUUCAGGUCCACACUGGGACUGGAGAGAUGGAAUUCCAGGCCUGUCUUCAUUACAGCAUUCAGAAUACCAUCCAGAGUGUUGGCUCUGUCCAGGUUCACUUACCUAGUGACCUAGCUGUGCAGAGUCCUGCCAAGACAGACAUCCAGAAGCCAUGCUAUAUCAGUCUACUCAUACUCUUUAAAAAAAGUUUGUAUCCGGGGGGACCAGCUCCUGGUCAGGUUGGUGGAGUUGUGAGUCUCCGCCUCUACAACUGCUCUAGCAGACAGCCCUUCAGCAGACGCUGGCUACAGACACCUGUUACUGUAGAGUUUGGGGAGGAAGAUGACCUAGAUAAUAGGAGAAAUAAAACAACAUAUGUAUUAUCUCGGGAUAAAAUUAAUUUUCAUCAGUUCAUUGGGCUUUCUGAAAAUUCCCAGGAAUAUCUACAAAUAAGAAUCAAAUUUUCUAAGACCAUCACGAGAGCCUUUCCCAUAAUGUUGCUAGUAAGAUUCUCAAAGAAACCUACUCCCUCUGAUUUUCUGGUGAAACACAUAUACUUAUGGGAUGAGCAGAUUGCACAGAUUUAUGUACCUGCUGCUUCACUGAAAGAUGUCAGCUUGGGUUACUUGACCUUAUUAGAUGCUGACUAUGACAGAACACCUCCCAACAAAUAUUUAGUUAAAGAAGUGAACUACACAGUGGAUUUCCAGUGGAUCCAGUGCUUGUUUUGGGAUAAGAACAAGUGGAAAUCUAACACCUUUCCUCCACAACCAGGAACUUUUCCAGAAAAGAUUAACUGCAGCUAUAAUCACCUCACAACAUUCACACUUGUAAGAAGGAAGCUGAAUGCUAGUUUUGAAAGGAGCGACAUUUCUAAGUUACAGAGUUGCCCAGAAAACAAGAUUCCCAUUAUUUUUAUUGUGCUUUUUAUGAUUCUUUAUGCAUUUUUGGUUACUAAAAGCAAACAAGUAGAUCAUCAUGAAAAAAAUAAAAGUGGUUACAUUUUCCUGCAAGAAAGCACCUCACCAGACCAACAGUUAUAUGCAAUAGUUAUUGACACAGGCUUUCGCGCUCCAGCCCAACUGACUGCAAAGGUUUACAUUGUUUUAUAUGGUAAAAAUGGACUUUCAGAAACAAAAGAACUCUAUUGUCCAGAGAAGCCCCUAUUUGAAAGAAAUUCCAGGCAUACCUUUAUACUGAGUGUUCCUGGUCAUCUUGGCCCUCUUUGGAAGAUCCGUCUUUGGCACAACAAUUGUGGUCCUUCUCCGGGCUGGUAUAUCAGCCACCUGCUGGUAAAGGAGCUGCACACUGGGCAAAGCUGGUGCUUCCCUGCAGAGUGCUGGCUUGCUGCAGGCCAAGGGGAUGGAAGGGUAGAACGGGAGCUCAUCCCUCUACACCAAGGCCUUGGCUUCUGGAAGCUUCUGUACACCAAGUUCACAGAGUACUUGGAGGAUGUCCACAUCUGGAUCUCUGUGUACAGCCGUCCCUCCUAUAGCUGCUACCUCCACACACAGCGGCUCACAGUCUCCUUUUCUUUGCUGUGCAUGUACUCCUGUCUCACUGCUGCACUCACUGCUACACAGCAAGAGAAGCUCUCGUUGGACAUUGGCAUCACCUACAUCACCCAUGACUCCUUCAGGACAGGCCUCUUGUGUACACUUGUGGCUUCUCCAGGGGCGCUGCUCUUGUCACUGCUCUUCCGGUUCAGCCAGUGUAACACAUCAGAUUUCUUCACUGGGAAUGACAGUGACCAGAAGGCUGAUCCUGCACCCAGUAAAGGGCUUGCAGAUCUCAUUUCCCAACGGCAGAGGGUGCUUCCAUCUUGGGUGGGCUCUGCAGCCUGGGCUGUAUGUGCAAUGGUGUCCAUAGCCUGUGGUUUGGGAACAGGAGUUCUAGGAUACAGGUUUGACUCAACACAAUGUGUGCGGUGGCUGCAUCUGCUGUUUCUAUCUGUGGUGAGCUGUGCUUUUGUCACCCAGCCGCUGAUGAUAUGUAUGAUGGCAUUGGGUUUUGCUUGGAAGAGAAAAGAUGACAAAGCCUUUUAUGCUGAGUCUUUGUAUGAUGCUACCAAGGAUUUAGAAUCUGAAUUGGAGCAGCUUUCCCAGACUCGUGUCCCCUUUUUUUCAAGAUGUGACAUUCCUGACAGUGCCAGUGAAUUUGAAAAAAUAUUGGCCAUCCGGCAGCGAGCACGCCUUCUGCGCUGGGCUCAUCCACCAUCCAUGGCCCAGCUCAGAGCAACAAAGGAGAGGAUGAGGAAAGAGAAUCAUGCACGAUCAGCUCUGAGAGACUUUUUCAUGUACACCCUCAUGCUGGUUCUGCUUAUGUUUAUAACAUACGGCAAAUUCUCCUGGGAAGAAUAUGCUCUCAAUCAAGCUAUUCGGAAUGAAUUUACAAGGAACCCUACGAACUCUUUUAGUGGCCUGAGAAGUACUGAUGACUGGUGGGAGUGGAGUCUGACCAGGUUUCUGGAUGGCCUAUAUGGGACUGAUGUACAGGAGGCCCAGUCUAGAGCUCUUGGAGGAAAGUGCUAUCUAAUUGGCACCUCAGUAAUUAAACAGCUAAAUGUUUCUCCAAAUAGUUUAUGCAAGCUUCCUAGCCCAUUUUCAGCUCUUAUCAAAGACUUUCCUUCUGCAUGUAGCCCCAAAUUCAGAGAGCCUGUAAACCACUACAUGACAGAACCAGCAAACCAAAAAGUAACCCCGAGUCAUCCCAAGGGUUGCAUGGUGAAAGAGUACUGUACGCUCCACCUUGGUAGAACAAGGCCAGAAGCCCACACAGCCCUGACCAACCUCAGGGCCAACCAGUGGAUUGGCCGAGGCACCAAGGCUGUGUCUCUGCACUUCACCCUCUACAAUGCUCCAACCCAGCUCCUCACCAGCGUGUCCCUGAGGGCAGACAUGACCCCCACUGGGCAUCUUCUUCCCUCGUCUUGGGUGGAAUCAGUCAGUGUCUUCCUCAGCGACUCAGCACUGAGAUACCUCCUCAUGGUUCCUGAGCUGGUGUUUCUGGUGCUCAACCUGGUUCACCUCUGUUUUCAACUCUACAGUAUGAUUGAGAAAGGCAUCCUUAACUAUUGGCGAAAACCAAGCAACUGGCUGGAGCUUUCUGUGGUUGGACUGGGCCUUGCCUACUAUGCAGUCUCCAGUCAUCUUGUUAUUCUUGCUGAGAAUGUUAUCGACCAGUUCCAUAAGGGAUUUUUUCAAGAAUUUGUGGACCUCAGUCUUAUUGCAUCAUGGAAUCAGAGGAUGCGAUGGCUCCAAGGAAUCCUCUUAUUCCUCUUGACAUUGAAAAGCAUUUCUCUUCUCGGCACUUCAAGAACAAUGGCAUUCUGCUCCUCCGUGCUGCACCAUUCACUCUCCAGCAUCAUCAUGCCAGGGCUGACGGGAGUCCUGAUGGUAGCUGUCCACUCACACCUGUGCAGAUUCCUGUUCUACUCCCUGGCUCCACGGAGCACCUUUGGAGAUUCCUCCCAUGUGCUGCCAUUUCGUUUUCUAGGAAGGAACAGAAGAGAAGCAUUCUCAGGGCUUUCUAAGUCUAACCAGUGGGUCACCGCUUGCUACUAUGGUCCUAUUUUUACAGUAAUGACAACUUUGUGGCUGACAAUGCUGAGAGGUUCCUUCAUGAUUUUCACCAGAAAAAGGAAAUCUUUUCAAAGUAAAUGUCCUGUGAGACUUAAAGAUGCCAUUUCUCACACAUGGGGAAAGGCCUUGAUCUUUCUAGGACUGGAAAGACCAAGGUUGGAAGAGACUCAACUGGUUGAGAAUCAUAAUUACUACCUGGACGAAAUUUCAGAUCUGUUAAAUGAACUGCUAUUGAAGAUUAAUGGAUUGUCCGAAAGCCUACAUCUCUCUGUUUUAGACAAGCAGUCCAAAGGCAAAGUGGAGGCAAAGGCAGAAGACAAUCCCUUGGUGGGUGUUUCUGCCUACCAAGCUACUAGGGGCUUAGCCUAUGUAUCGUACGACAAAGCAGAAACUGCUUCAGAUUUAUUGUAA